AUGGCAGAAUUUGCUAUUAAUUAUUUUCAAAAACAAAAACGUGGAACUGAAAUUGGAACAUUAUUUAAAAAAAAAGAUAAAGAUUGGACAUGGAAGGAUAUAUCAAAUUUAAUAAAAUAUUCUUCUAAACCAAUUACAAAUUCUUUACUUUUAUUAAAUGAUAAUGAAUUACAAAAAAAAAGUGUUGAUAGUUUUAUGUGUAUAAUGAGAUAUAUGGGAGAUGAAAAUUUAAAGAAAAAUCAAACAAUAACUGAUUGUGUUUAUGAAUUAUUAACAAUAUGUAAAGAAAAUCCACCAUUACAUGAUGAAAUUUAUUGUCAAAUGAUGAAACAAUUAACAAAUAAUACUAGUAAAGUUGAAGAUAGUUUAUUAAAAGGAUGGAGAUUAUUUACAAUUAUAACAUCAUAUUUUACUCCUUCUGAUAUUCUUAAACCAUAUUUGUUAAAUUAUAUAAAAAUUGUUGCUUUUGAUAAAAAUAGAAGUUGUCAUCAAACAGCAAAGACUUGUCUAAAAAAUUUGGAACAAACAUUUAAAUAUGGUGGAAGACAAUUAUUAUUAUCAGCAAGUGAAGUUGAAGCUAUAACCAAAGGAAAAUAUGUUAAAAGACAACCAUAUCUUCUUCCUGGUGGACAUAAAAUGUUUAUUAAUACAAUUAUUAGUACUGUUGCUGAGGAUCUUAUAAAACAUAUUUGUCGUGAAAUGAAUAUAUAUUCAAUAAAUGAACAACAAGAAUUUAGUUUAUGUUAUCUUAUUGAAAAUGAAAAUAAUAUGAAAAUAAUUUCAAACAAUCAAUAUAUAUUAGAUAUUACAACAAAAAUGACUCUGGAAAAGAAAAAAAUAAUGCUUGUAUUAAAAAGAUUUGUAUGGAUUUCUCCAUUAAGAUUUGAUAAUAAUCUUUUUAUUGACGCAAUGUUUUAUCAGAUUUUGCCAGAUUAUAUAUCAGGAUUAUAUAUAAUAAAUUGUGAUAAAAAAUCAUUAACUGUCAAAGAUCUUAGCAAUUUUUCUUUAAUGGGAGCAUUAAUACAUUAUUCUGAUAGUAUUGGUAUGGCUACAACAGUCAAGUCAGAUUGUAUUGAAUCAUUGGUACCAUCAAUAAUACUUAGAAAAUAUUCACAAAUAACUUUACACAAUUGGGCAAAUAGAAUUUUGGAAAAAAUUAAUGAAUGGGAUUUUGAGAUGACACCAAUACAUGCUAAAAGUUUAUUUUUGAUAACUCUUCAAAAUUAUUAUCUUUUUUCUGCAACAUUUUAUCAUGUUAAAAAGGUUAUUAAAAAUGACACUCCUAUCAAUGAAUUGAUGGAUGGUAUUCUUGCAAUUAACAAAAAUGGUUUAACAUUUUUAGAUGAAAAAAAUAGAAAUAUUAUUAUAAAAAUCCAUUUUGAUGAGAUUGACCAUACUGAUUUUGAUUCACAAGAUUAUAAGUUGUCAAUUUUAAUGCCAUUUAAUAAUAUGAUUACGUUAAUAACAGAUGCUGGAGAUGACAUUGCAAAGAUGAUACAUCAUUAUGUAUAUAUUUGCAAAUUUUAA